UACCUUUUUUUUUAGGUCAACAACUGAACGUGGGUGGGUGACAGCUGAGUGUUUAUAACAAAUAAUAAGAAAUUUAAAUAUUUAAAAUUUGAAUUUGAAUUUGAAAAUUUAAUUUUAAAAACUGGAAUAUUUUUGCUGAAUCGUGAUGGAAACACAUGAGGAAGAUGACGUUGAUGAACUGAUGUCUAAUUUUUUUACUUUUCCACCUGAUGUACAAACUGUCAUUGAACAGGUAUUACCAAGUAAUGAUCCGCUGGACCAACCAGAUUUCAACGUAGUGGAUUAUAUAAACCAAUUGUUUCCUAACGAGCAAUCACUAUCAAACAUCGACGAUGUUAUCAACGAAUUCGAGUACAAGAAACGUUCGAUAGACAAAGAAAUACGGGCAGUAGUCCGAGGGCAGACGAAUGGCGACCAGGAUGGCCGCGCAGCUCUGGAAGAGGCUCAGAAAGUGAUAAAGCAGUUGUUCGUGCAGAUAAAAGAAAUAAAAGCCAAAGCGGAGCAGUCUGAAGAAACUGUAAAAGAAAUAACACGUGACAUAAAACAAUUAGAUUUCGCGAAACGCAAUCUAACGGCUUCCAUAACUGCGCUCAAUAAAUUGCACGUUCUGGUUGGUGAGGUUGAGAGCCUGCGUACGUUGACGCAGAAAAAACAGUACGGAGAGAUAGUACUGAAGCUGCAGGCCAUCAUGGAGGUGAUGCAGUUCUUUAGCAAGUACAUGGACAUUCCCCAGAUAAAGGAACUGUCGGACGAAGUCAAUCAGAUUGAAAUAGAGUUGGCUCAGCAGAUAACUUCUGAUUUUAAAGAAGCGUUCUCUGGACAGAAUCUUAAACAUUUUUCCCAACUGACUGACGGUUGUCUUGUUCUGUCUGUCUUGGACCCCAAAGUUAAAAAAGAUUUGCUGGUUUGGUUUGUUAAUAUCCAGCUGCAGGAGUACGCGCACCUGUUUGAUGAGAAUCAGGACAUCGCUUGGCUGGACAAAAUUGACAAGAGAUACACGUGGAUCAAGAAGCACUUGAUGGACUUUGAGCAAAAGUUCGGAUCUAUUUUUCCACUUGACUGGGAAGUAUCUGAACGCAUCGCCGUUCAGUUUUGCCAUAACACGCGGGAAGAUCUCGCCAAGCUGAUGCAGAAGAGACGCGUUGAGAUUGACGUCAAGUUGCUGCUAUACGCGAUACAACGAACGAGUAAUUUUGAGAGUUUGUUGGCCAAACGCUUCACUGGGAUAACUCUCAAAGCUGCUGGUGCUACUCCUGGAACUGAAGCUGCUGCGAUUGCUAAGCCUGUGGUUGAAGAAAGUACGAAUCCGUUUGAAGAGGGCGGAGAAAAAAUAGAAAACGACAAGCCGACGCCUUCACCUUUUGCUAAUUUAAUUGGAAAAUGUUUCGAACCGUAUUUGAAUAUUUAUAUUGAGAGUUUAGAUCGUAAUCUUGCUGAGCUGAUGGACAAAUUUGUUGCUGACUGUAAGAACCAGCCGCCGGGAUCAAAAGAUUUUGAUGGAGUCGAAGGGCCAAGCAGCGUUUUGUCUUCUUGCGCUGAUUUAUUUGUUUUUUAUAAAAAAUGUAUGCUCCAGUGCACGCAACUGAGUACUGGCUCCAUAAUGCUGAAUCUCUCAGAAACUUUUCAGAAAUAUUUACGUGAAUAUGCAUUGAAAUUAUUGCAAAAUAAUUUACCCAAGAUGGGCGGUAGCAUCAGCUUGGGCACGAGUAUGAGCAGCAUAACUCGAGACUUCAGAGAUCUAUCAACUGCAGGACUGAUCCAGAACUUCCAGAGUUUUUUGAAGGAAGGCGAGAGCACGAGGUUCAGCAAAGAAGAGCAGUCUCGUAUCUGCUGUAUCUUAACUACUGCCGAGUACUGUUUGGAAACAACGCAGCAGCUUGAAGAGAAACUCAAAGAGAAAACUGAUAAAUGUUAUGCUGAGAAGAUAAAUCUUUCACAAGAGCAAGAUCUAUUUCACAACGUAAUCUCAAAUUGUAUACAAUUACUAGUUCAAGAUCUCGAAGCCGCGUGUGAUCCAGCGCUCACUGCGAUGACAAAAGUCCAGUGGGGAGCGAUCGAGAGCGUUGGAGACCAGAGCGCGUAUGCCAGCACAAUAAUUGCCCACUUACGGCAAACAAUUCCAACGAUUCGCGACAGAUUGUCAUCAUGCAGAAAAUACUUUACGCAAUUGUGCGUAAAGUUUGUCAGCUCUUUCAUUCCGAAACUCGUUCAGCAGCUAUACAAAUGUAAGCCGCUGAAUGCAGUUGGUGCUGAGCAGCUACUGCUUGAUGUCCACAUGCUCAAGACUGCUCUCCAAGAUCUUCCUUCAACUGGAUGCCAAGUAGCGCGCAAAGCUCCGGCUACUUACACCAAGGUCGUGGUCAAGGGAAUGGCAAAAGCUGAAAUGAUUUUAAAAAUCGUCAUGUCAACUACUGAGUGUCCUAAGAGUUUUGCUGAGCAGUGUCGCAGACUUCUUCCGGAGCUUCAGAUGCCAGAAUUCCAGAAGAUUCUUGACAUGAAGGGACUGAGGAAACAAGAACAAUUACAGCUGAUUGAACAAUUUAAAGCCACUGCUGCUGGUGACAAUCCUGAGAGCUCCAGCAACUUAACUCAUGACAGUCCCGAGCAUGAAGCCGGGAAAAUAAAGAGACUGGAGAAAUUAAUUAAAAAAAGAAUGUGAUUAUUUAAAUUUAAAAAUAUAUUAUUUGUAUUUGUUAUUGUGAUUGAUUAAUAAAGAGACGGUCUUUUAAA